AUGGAUGAUCUUGCUGAAAUAUCCAGUCUCGUACUGGAACUCUCUGCUCUGGAAGUGGCACUCUAUCUUUGUCUGGCUACUCGUGAGCAUUGCCGUAUUGAUGCUACGACCGACAAUAUAGAUGAUGUUUCCAAAGAGCUCGCUUUGAUAUGUACAAAUACUUUCGACCUCACUUAUGCUGUCGUUGAUUGCUCUGUUGAUACCUCCCUGGAAGAGUUCUGCUCAUAUCUCAUUCCUGCGGCCGCGAGGUCGAUUGGAAGCAACGCGGAAAACAGGGUGGUAAAUGUCAUUAUAGCGAAGAAUUUCGAUCACGUUGUUGACACGAUACAACUGCAAGCUCUUGAGCUGAUGCGCUCCAAGAAACUCACAACACCAUAUGGCCGUCUUGAGGCACCGGUGGACUUUCUCUUCAUACCGCUUCUUGUGCGCAAGUCGGAACAUGACCAGCCAAUUUUAAAUUUUCAUUUGAAUGACCACCUCAUACUCUCCCACUUUCAUGGUUCACGGGACGACUUUGUGUACUUGGAAGAAAAUAACGACUGGCUUUCUGAUGGUCAAAUGUCAGCAUCGUCUGUUGUUCACAAACCCCCCAUACCGCCACACAAAGGCCACCCAAGGAUAGACCGGAGGGCUUUGGAUAAAUUGGAACAAGCCGGUAAUCGUGUUACUAUGGGCGCCGAUAUAGUUCGAUACCACCAAGAUAUCGUCGUGUUUCUCCGUCUCAGUCGCGCAGUUUCUGGAGGAAUUUCGUCGCUGUCAAACGUCUACUUUAUGAAACUCUCAAAGCUGCUCGCUGCGUUGCACGGUAUUGAUUAUCUUACACCUUCGAUCGUGGCACUGGCUGCGAAGAAGGUUUUCCGCCAUCGGAUCAUUGUUGCAAAACCGGAAGAUGAUCGCAGUUUACAAUAUGGAAGCGAUUUGAAAGCUGUAGCCCAAGUACUAUCUUAUGCGACCCCCGAUACUAUCUUGGACAGUGUAUUGACACUGGAAGCUCCCUUGUGA